CUUGUUUUGUAACGCCAGCAUCAACGUGCGUGUUACCAAACUCAAAAUUGUCUCUAGACGAAGCAGACAGAGCGGAACCGGAGGGUGUUUUCAAGUUCGUUAAGGUUCACAGUCAUGACUCAAAUAAGCAUUCACUGGUUCCGCAAGGGACUCAGGUUGCAUGACAACCCAGCACUCAUGGCAGCUCUGAGAGACUGUAAAGAGCUAUAUCCUGUAUUCAUCUUGGAUCCUUACCUCCACAACAACACCCAUGUGGGCAUUAACCGCUGGAGAUUUCUCCUUGGAGCACUAAAAGAUCUGGACUGCAGUUUGAGGAAACUCAAUUCUAGGCUGUUUGUUGUGAGGGGGAAGCCAGAAGAUGUAUUUCCCAAACUGUUCACCAGGUGGAGUGUAACAAAGCUGACCUAUGAGUACGACACAGAGCCCUACAGUCUGAGCCGUGACAAAAAAGUGACCACACUGGCCAAAGAACAUGGAAUCGAUGUUGUCUACAAAAUUUCACAUACUCUUUAUGAUAUAGACAGGAUAAUUGAGGAAAACAAUGGGAAGCCUCCCCUUACUUAUAACCGUUUGCAAGCAAUUGUUAGGAUGCUCGGUCCACCAAAGAGGCCCAUUCCUGCCCCAACCAUGGAGGACAUGAAAGAUAUCAAAACACCCUGUUCAGAGAAGCAUGAGAAGAAAUAUGGGAUUCCUACUUUAGAAGAGCUUGGCAUGGACAUGGCAUCUUUUAGAGAUGAGCUGUUUCCAGGAGGAGAACAGGAGUCUCUCCAGAGAUUAGAUGAGCACAUGAAAAGAACGGGAUGGGUGUGUAGCUUUGAGAAGCCGCAGACCUACCCAAACUCUUUGAGCCCAAGCACCACUGUCCUCAGUCCAUAUAUCACCUUUGGCUGCCUGUCAGCAAGAACCUUCUGGUGGAGGCUCGCGGAGGUCUAUCAGGGGAAAAAACACUCAGACCCUCCAGUUUCCCUACAUGGCCAGUUGCUCUGGAGAGAGUUCUUCUACACUGCCAGUGUGGGCAUCCCUAACUUUAACAAGAUGGAGGGCAAUGAUGUGUGCACUCAGGUGGACUGGGACAAAAACCCAGAAUAUCUAGCUGCAUGGAGAGAGGCUCGGACCGGUUUCCCCUUCAUUGAUGCGAUCAUGACUCAGCUGAGACAAGAGGGCUGGAUCCACCAUCUGGCCAGACACGCUGUCGCCUGUUUCCUCACCCGAGGAGACCUGUGGAUAAGUUGGGAAGAAGGACAGAAGGUCUUUGAGGAACUCUUACUGGAUGGUGACUGGGCUCUGAAUGCUGGAAACUGGCAGUGGCUGUCAGCAAGCACCUUCUUCCACCAGUUUUUCAGGGUUUACUCUCCCAUUGCUUUUGGCAAGAAGACAGACAAAAACGGAGACUACAUCAAAAAGUACCUUCCUCUUCUGAAGAAGUUCCCAGCACAGUACAUUUAUGAGCCCUGGAAAGCUCCACGUAGUGUCCAGCAGGCUGCAGGAUGCAUUGUGGGUAAAGACUACCCACGUCCAAUCCUAGAGCAUGAAGUGAACAGCAAGAAAAACAUUCAGAGGAUGAAGCAGGCUUAUGCUAAGAGAUCUUCAGAUGGCACUGAGUCACCAACAAAAAAGCAAGGUGUAAAGCGCAAGGCUCCAACUGUCAUUGACAUGCUCCUCAAGAAAGCUAGAAAAGCGUAGCAACUCACCACUCAACUGCUGGACUUAUCGCGCUUAUCAGUGACUCCAUCACCAAAUCAUUCCAGUUUUCUUUCAACACUGAUGCUCUGUCUGUGCUAGUAAUCUACUUUAGCCAAUUUUGUUCAUUUUAUUAUGUACAUAAGUUUCAAUUUUAUACUGUUUUCUGAAGUCUUUUUGUUUUUUUUUUUUUUUUUUUACUUUUAAUUUUGUAACCUGAGUACAGGAUCUGGAA